UCAAACCCCUUUUUUUUUUCUUCUCCAAAAGUACCAAAAGAGAGGAGAUUUCCCAUUUCCCAAAUUCUUCACCAAACACAUACAAUAUGGCCAUCCUCAAGGUAAACAAGCUCCCUCAGCCCACAGUGCUGAAGCAAAUCCUCAAGCGCUGCUCCAGCUUGGGCAAGAAGGACGACAACGACGACAACGACAACGGCCUCCCCGACGACGUCCCCAAGGGCCACUUCGCCGUUUACGUGGGCGAAAACCGCAGCCGGUUCAUUGUCCCGAUCUCGUUCUUGACCCACCCGGAGUUCCAGUGCCUCCUCCGCCAGGCCGAGGAGGAAUUCGGGUUCGACCAUUACAUGGGCCUCACCAUCCCUUGCCAAGAACACGUCUUCAGAUCCCUCAUCACCACUUCCAUCCUCAGAUGAACAAUUUUGAACACCAAUUUUCAAUCCAAAUUAUGAACAACAACAAGAAACAAGAUUGGCCCAGAAAGAGAUCAUAUUUUCUAUAUAUCAUCUCUUUUUUUUUUACCAUCUUGGCUUCUGCACUUUUUCAUGGAUAUCAAUCAUCACCACCAUCAUCACCAUCUCUCCAAUCCUCUUGAUGGGGUUUUUUUCUUUUUUUCUUUUUUUGCUUAAUUAAUGACUCUCUAACUUAGCUUUCUAUAUUUCUUCCAACCCAAGGGGGUUGAGGAAGGAGCAGAAAAAAAAAAAAGAAAGAAAAAAAGCUCUCUCUUGUAAAAAAGGUUCAAUGUUUCCCUCAUUGAGGUGGAAUUUGUUUCACCCUAUGAGUGGUUUUUUCCUCUCUUUUUUUAAUGAAAUGAAAAAAAUGCAUGGAUAUUAUUAUUGCCUCAA